AUGGAGGCGUUGCUCAACCAGUCCCGCUCGCUCUGCCCCUUUCUGCAUAAGACUUCCCCCACGGCCCUCCGUGCCCUCUGUACCCCAGCUAUGGCCAAUGCCAGUCCUGGAGGAGGUGCCAUCUCCAAUCUGCAGGUCGUCGCGCGCAGAUGCCCUGUCAUGAGCAAGGCCCUUGCUGUCCAGAGCGCUCGCAUUGCCUCCACCAGGGCAUUCAGCACCUUUGCCAGUGGUGUCGCCGGCGUCACUAAAGACGCAAAGGCAUUGCGUGUCGUUGCUGGAAAGAAGAGGUUCCAUACUUCUACGAGCAAGAACGCUAAGAUUGAUCCAGAUGUUGUCAGGAAAUACGAGAAUGUUCACCCGGCACUUUCUAAGGUUCACGGCGGGAAGCCUGCUUUGGCACAUGAAAUGGCAGCUUUCCCGGGUCCUAAGCCGCAGGCUCCUGCGUCAGAGAAAUUUGAUUAUGAGGACUUCUACAACAGCGAGCUGGAAAAGAAACACAAGGAUAAAUCCUACCGAUAUUUCAACAAUAUCAAUCGUCUUGCCAGCAAUUUCCCUCGUGCGCACAUGUCCACUCCAGAGGAACAGGUGACCGUCUGGUGCGCCAAUGACUACCUCGGCAUGGGACGGAAUCCCAAGGUUCUUCGAACUAUGCAUGAAACGCUUGAUAACUAUGGUGCUGGCGCUGGGGGCACACGUAACAUCUCAGGCCACAAUCAACAUGCUGUUAGGUUGGAGGAGACUCUUGCCAAAUUGCAUGGCAAAGAGAGUGCUUUGGUGUUCAGUUCUUGCUAUGUCGCCAACGAUGCCACUCUGGCCACUCUAGGAAGUAAGCUUCCAGAUUGUGUGAUAUUGUCCGACAGUUUGAAUCAUGCGUCGAUGAUUCAGGGAAUACGCCACUCCGGCGCGAGGAAGAUGGUCUUCAAGCACAAUGAUUUAGAAGACCUGGAACAGAAACUUGCGUCUUUGCCGCUUUCUAUCCCCAAGAUAAUCGCCUUCGAGUCGGUUUACAGUAUGUGUGGAUCCAUUGCUCCGAUCAAAGAAAUUUGUGACCUGGCAGAUAAAUAUGGCGCGAUCACUUUCCUCGAUGAAGUUCAUGCUGUCGGCAUGUAUGGACCCCACGGGGCCGGUGUUGCGGAGCAUCUUGAUUUUGAAACCUACGCCUCAUUGGAUACGGGCAACCCCAAGAGUACCGCGGGAACGAUCAUGGACCGAAUUGACAUUAUAACGGGCACACUCGGGAAAGCGUACGGCUGCGUUGGUGGUUACAUCGCGGGGUCCGCCUCCUUCGUCGACACCAUCCGAUCCCUUGCCCCAGGGUUCAUAUUCACAACGUCCCUCCCACCUGCAACCAUGGCCGGCGCCACCACCUCCAUUAAAUACCAGGUUUCGUAUGGCCGCGACCGCACCCUCCAACAACUGCACACCCGCGCCGUCAAAGCUGAAUUGAACGCGAAGGACAUCCCCGUCAUCCCAAAUCCAUCACACAUCGUCCCAAUCCUCGUUGGAGAUGCCGAGGUAGCAAAGCAAGCGUCCGACAUGCUUCUCAAAGACUAUGGAGUCUAUGUUCAGGCCAUCAACUACCCCACCGUCCCUAGAGGCGAGGAGCGGCUGCGCGUCACCCCGACACCAGGCCAUGUUAAACCCUACCGCGACCAUCUGGUCCAAGCUUUGCAGGGAGUCUGGGAACGCCUUGGCAUCCGCAAGACGAGCGAUUGGAAAGCGGCCGGUGGUUUUUUGGGCGUUGGGGUUGACGACGAUGCGAAGAAUCGCCCGCUCUGGAACGAUGCCCAGCUUGGGCUGCGUGAGGGAGAGGACCUCGAGAACGCACUGGAGCGCGAGUUGGAGGCUGAGGCACUGCACAAACAGCAGAUGAUGCUGGAUCUGCAGCAAGAUGAUUUGAUGGCGCAUGCUCACUUGAACGAACCAGCUCAUGCCGCUCCUAUCGGUGUCGCUGCGUAA